AUGACGCCGGUUACCGUCCCUCCAAGUUCGUCUCCGCGCGACGUCAUUUGUCCAAGGAAGAGCUCGAUGCCCAAAAUUAGCACGGACUCUGCCUACUCCUAUCCGAGCAUCGAAGAGCCCCUAACCGCCACUCCACCGUUUAUCCCCUGGGAGCAGCAUAGUCGUCGCCACGACCAGCGGCUCAGGACGAUCGGUAUGCUGCUGCUGUCAGCAGUCACCGUGAUUGCCCUUCUAGUGGUGUUCACCUUGCUGCUAACUGGCCCGCGCACGGCCCGGAGCACCAGAGAGCCCUGCUGGACGCUGUCGUGUCGCCGGUACGUGGACCUCCUCGAGGCUUCCAUGGACACCACGCUUGACCCAUGCCAAGACUUCCAUGCGUUCGUCUGCUCUCGCUGGAAGCCCGAGGCCGGAGGUCGUACCUUCUUGGAAGACGCGAUGCUGGCCGUCCAAAACGUCGUCAUAGAGCGCGCAACAGUCGCAAAAAUACCCGCGAAAUACCAGAACCGCUCGCAGAAGGCCACCAUGCUAUACCAAAGCUGCCUCGCCAAGGGAGUGCACGGAACGGGUUCUUUUAGAGCCUUCCUGGACAUAGUAAUGGGUUCACCUUGGCCCGACAUCAACACCAGCACCGACCCUCUAGGGGUGCUCCUGGACCUGUCAUUCCAGUGGCGAUGUCCGGUGUUUUUCUACGCCUUCUACGCGCAGCACGCCUCUGACGAGCGCGAGCUCUCGUUCCUCGACUCAUCGGCGGGCUUGGACUUUCCCGGGCUUUUCACGGAAUACCGGUCGCGGGGCGACCACGACCGCUACAUCUGCGAACUACACGCUGCACUCAACAACGGGGCAGAUCGAACCGACGGCGAGAUAGAUUCGCCCAACCGCACCAGAUGGUGCAGGGCUCUCGCUCGAUUUCAACGCGACGCUCUUAGCGAACUGGAACCGCACAGCCGCGAGUCCCGGAGGACAUAUUACGCGAGCCUCUACGAGUUCGCCACCGAAGCGACUCCGGAUGUCGCCGGUGACCGCUGGAUGCGCGUCGUGGCUGCGCACGCUCGACAAGGCGAACGCGUCAUGAGCACUACGCCAGUGGAAGUAGAAAAGCCGGCUUACUUGAAGGCCCUUACCAGGAUCAUUGGAGAGAAACCGAGGGAGGAGGUUCUAAGCUUCAUCGGCCUGACGAUCGUCCAGGUCAUCGGACGCUUCGCGAGCGCCGAUCUGGCAACGAUUAUAUACAACGCAGCCUCUGUCGCAGGCCGGAAGCGUCAGAGGAUGUUCUGCUAUCAGCUGGCAGACGCUGCCGUCCCAUCAGCUCUCAGCAAUGCGUACCUGUUCGAGAAGCACCGCGUCAGUAAGGCGAGAGAAAUCGCCGACGUCGUGGUGGCUUCCAGCAAAGACCGGCUGAGGAGCGCGGGCUGGCUGACCGCGCGGUCGAGGGUCGAGGUCACCAAGAAGAUUGCCGAAGCGCCGCUCGUCUUUGAAGGGAUGCAACGAGAAGCGGAAGCUAUGGGCGAGGAGUUUCCGAUGAUGAGCACUUUUUUCCUAGAGAACUCGAAGAACCUGCCGAACGACAUCUGGGUUCGCUUCAGACGGCCACACACCGAUGGAGCAGACACGACCAAUGUCGAACGGAUCGGAUCUCCUUGGCGUCAGGUCACCUCUCAGCACGGGCAUUUCCGGCUGGUCAUUCCAGACGUGUACAUGUCGGAACGGGUGUUUCCCGACGCCGCUUACGAGAGCAUAAGCUACGGAACCGUGGGGUCCCUCGUAGCUCGGCAGGUCGCGUCAGCUUUGGACCUGGAGGGCCGAAAGGUAGACAGCGAUGGACUACGGCGCGAUAUGCUUACUCACGCAGAGAGAAGCACACAGGAAAGGACUAUUGAGUGUCUGGUCGGUGAGCUUGAGCGCCGCUACAACGCCACGAGGUUGACGUCGGAGGCAGAUAAGUCUGCGCUGUACGUUGCGUGGGCGAGCCUCGCGCCUCUUAUGGACGCGCGGCUUUCCAAUAUUGGACUUCCGGAGUUCAGCACGAGCUUGAAGCUGUACUCGCCUCAGCAGCUGCUCUUCAUUGCGCUCUGCUUUAUCGGGUGUAGUAGAGAGCCGGACAGUGACGUCAGUGCUACGGGUUUCAGCGCGGCUUCAUGGUGCAAUUUUCCCUUAAGCCUCUUCAAGCCGUUCGCAGACAGCUUUGAAUGUCCAGCGGAAAGUCCUAUGCGCUCGGUGCAUGCAUGCGAAGAAUAG